GGCAGAGCCUUCUGGGAAAGCAGACCUGCUUCCUCCUGCUUGCAGCUGCAGCAAAGAGCAGAAGUGCAGCACUGCUCAUAGAGUCCCAGCUCAGCCUCUUCAGCUUGGCCACUUUGAAGGUCUCCUGAGGAAGCUGCUGCCCACCCUGUUAUGGACAACAAGGAGGAGACGAGCGAUGCCGACAGCGGGAUCAUUCUGCACUCAGGCCCAGACAGCCCCGCAUCCCCAAUGAAAGAGUUGACUGGCCACACGCGGGUGGUGCGACUGAAACACAAGGCCCUGGAGGACCGGCUGGAGCGAUGCCUGCAGGAACUGAAGCAACUGUGCAUUCGGGAGGCGGAGCUCACAGGGAAGAUCCCACGAGAGUACCCCCUGCAGCCAGGAGAGACACCUCCUCUUGUGCGCCAGCGUGUCGGAGCUGCGUUCGUGCUGAAGGAGGAGAAUGUCUCGCAGGAAGGAGAGGACAUGGAGCUGACAUCCCUAGAGACAAGUCUGGCUCUGCAGCAGCAGAUCUUAGAGGCGGCCCGCAAUCUGUGCCUUGAGGAACACCCAAGCCGCUCAGUGAGGAGGAGUCGACUGCAACAGUGUAAACGCGAGGAGGUGAAGCUGAAGAAACUGCAGCAAACCCUGUCUCAGCACACACCUCUUGGAGAUCUGGUACGCAACCAAUUGUUCCUGAUGCCCUUGGACCCUCUUCCUUCAGCAGGUUCCCUUCAGCCUCCUCUUCAGAGCAUGAAACCAUCCCCUCCGCAGACCCUGGAGUUGCCAAGGCAGGUGCAGAGAACCAGCAUGGGUUAUGAGCACUCCCCUAUCCAGAACUCCCCCUGGAGCGAGUCCAGCUUGGACCAGCCCUACCAGAAGUCCAGGAAGCCGCACUCUGCAAGCAGCAGCCGGUCCUGCAGCCCAGCAGUAACGCCCAGGUCCACACCUGUGGACCCCUGUUUGGGAGACACGCCUCCCGUAGCCCCUCCAACCUUGGGCAUGGCAUUGGAAGAUGGACAACCUCACAGCGCCCCCUGCACUCCUGAGCUGCACCAGCGCCGGACGCACUCCCAGUCCACGGCGGGUCGCUGCUGCCCAAGGCUUCCCAAAUACGAGGGCUCCAUGGUGACAGAUGACAACAUGGGAUGUGCCCGGUUGCCGCGAAGACGAGCGAGUGAUUUUUCAGGGAGCUCACCACUGUACCCCUCGAGCUCAGAGGACAGCGGCUCGGAACACUCAUUGCCGUCCUACAGUGGCUCCCCCUGUCGUGAGGGCCCUGUGGUGAUGCCAAAGCCACCGCCUCCCCCGUACAGGUACCACCUUCUGGCUCGUCGCAACAGCCCCUACACCGACGCGGCACGUGUCAUUGGGCAUCACAGCGACGGUCACCACCACUACCACAGUGGUUUCCAUGGCAACAGCCACCAGAGCAACUUCCCCCACGGCAGGCAUUACAGCAGGCAUCAGAGUGGGGUCCAGGCCCUUGCUGGCACAAGUUUGGGCAAACCUCCUCAGGUGCAACGCACAGCCAGCAGUGGGUGUGCUGGAGGCAAAAGGGUCCACCCAGCUGACCUGAACAUGGGGCAUCUGUACUUUGGAGUGCCCCCCCCUCCAUUCCACAUGGUGCCCCCAUUCUACGAGUACUGGCAGGAGGACCAAGAGGUGCCCAGGGCUCUGCCCCUACAUGUGCGUUUGGCCCAUGCCCCCUCCCUCAGGGAGUGUUCCCCGCACUACGGGGGAGCGCUGCCGCAGGUGCAGGUGCACAAGGAGCUCCGCAGCUGGAAGCAGCACUCUCAGACCCGUGAGAGCCGCCGGCCUCACUCCCUGGACCGCCUGGGCCCCGGGAGGGAACAUAGGCACCAGCCAAUGUGUGUACAGGCUCCCCAGCGACAGAUCCUGCAGAGGGCCCCCGACGGGACUCCGGUACAGUGGUUUGAGGAGCAGGACCGUGAAAUCGUGAGCCAGGUGUAGUUCAGGUGCCCCGGUGGCCCCUUCUGCACCUGACCCUCAGGAAGUAGCAAAAACCCGGACUCAGUCUAUGAAACCUUUUACAUUCAAAUACCUCGUCACUUUACACCGUGUGCACAGACCAGGGCAUUUUACUGCUUGGAGGCUGAAAGCUGAACCCUACUGGUCACAGAUCCAACCGCUCCACACAAACUCCUUCUCAAACCUGCAACCUACUGGUCUCAGAUCCAACCCUUUAACACUUGACUCCACCUCAUCUGUGGUGCUGUUGAAGGUUCUUUAACCACAAAGCAACAUUCCCAGCUGCUGUUAACCACUUUGCUUGAAGCAAGCGUGACCCCACAAUGUAAGGCUGUACGCCUCUCUACUACUUUUAACUAAAAUACGCCUGAAAUUGUUUUCUCUACAGAUG